CUACAGUAGUAAAUAUGUAAAUGCGUUCGUCAAGGUCACCUUAUAUUCACCAUAUUCACCAAAUAUUGAUAUCAAAGUUAUUAUUCGUCACCUGCUGACAUCUGAUAUGUAACAUUUUUUUCUAUAAACAAAUAUACCGACAUACUUACAUACUUCGUGGGAAUGUGAAGUGGGGGAAAUACACUCUCAUCUACGUUGACUGAAACUUGAAGUGAUGAGCAGUGAUGCGGUGAGGAGUUAAGUUACAAAUCGGUACUCCUUGGGGCAGCAUGAAUUUUUAUACUGAAGAUCGUUUGUUACAAUUAAAACCAAAAUUCACACCUGAAAAGCAAAAGUCAACUGUUCUCCAAAAACAUAAGAGCAGUGAUUGCUCCAGCGAGGAAAUGGACGAUGAACACCUUUGUACUAAAGAAGCUGCAAAGAAAAGCGUGAAAUAUUAUUUACAAAAUUCCACUUUGCAUGGCUUGAAAUAUAUUGCUGAGGAGAAAAUAACUUUACCCGAAAGAAUUUUCUUCGGGUUCUCUUUUAUCGGUGUUGUUAUUUUAUCUGGAUUCUUCAUAUCUAAAAUCUACGUUAAAUGGUCCGCUUCGCCGAUAAUAAUAUCGACUAGUGCCAGGCAAACCCUUGCUAGUGACGUACCCUUCCCCGCAGUAACCAUAUGCAACCUUAAUCAGGCAUCCAAAAGUAAAGUCCAAGGCAUACCCAAUUCUUUUUACAGACAGAAUUUAAACUAUUCGCUGCUCAUGAGCCUCUGUGGUCAAAAUCAGCUGGGCGAAUCUUUUAAUGUUCGAGGAACCUGGUCAAACUUCAAAACCAUACUAAAAGCGGUGGCCCAACCCUGCGAUGAAAUGCUUUUGUACUGUAGCUUCGGCGCAAAGCAAGAAAAUUGCUCAGUGAUUUUCAACUCUGCCCUGACUGACGAUGGAUUAUGCUGCACAUUUAACGCUUUGGAUCCGAUUUUUAUGCAACGAAAUUUCAGUGAUGAGGAUCGUAUCUCGCCGAAAUUCUCUAACCAUUUCGUACCCAUGGAUUGGACGCCUGAGAGUGGUUAUAAUAGAGAUUUGCCAAAAAACUAUUAUCCACGAGUUUCGGGUGGCACAGGCAGCAGACUAGGUCUAACCGUGGUUUUGAAUUCUUCAGCUUCGGAGUAUUACUGCACGAAAUCUAAAAGCAUCGGUUUCAAGAUUCUAGUGCAUAACCCCGCCGAGUUGCCAAGAGUAACUAAUUAUGGAUUUCUAGUCACAGCCGGACGAGAGGCACGUAUUCCCAUCGAACCCAUCUAUGAGGAUGCGGUACCCGCCAUACGGUCUAUUCGUAAAGAGAAACGGCGUUGCCUCUUCUCCGACGAAGGCGAUCUAACCUACUACCGCACUUACUCUCGCCGGAAUUGUGAAAUCGAGUGCGAGGCGAAAAUAUUGAUUGACAAGUGUGAUUGUGUUUUAUACUAUUUGCCACGCAUCAAUGGCUCAGCACGGAUUUGUGGACCCAAUGACAAUCCAUGUACGAAUGAGGUACAAACACAAAUCGAGUCGUCGGACGAGAAGGUGACUUGCGCUAAUUGUUGGCCAGCUUGCUUUGAAUUGAGCUACAAGGUAAGAGUAACUUCCACGACAAUCUCUUAUGAGCAAUUUUUGACCGCCGACGAAUGGCCGCCUGAGCUGUUCGGCUCAGCUACAAACUUCACAGAAAUAUCCAUCGUAAACUUCUACUAUUUAUCAAACAUAUUGCGCAGCACGACAAAGUCAGAAAUGUUCGGCUUUACUGAGUUUCUAUCUAACACUGGUGGACUAUUGGGCUUAUUUAUGGGCUUUAGUAUUUUCUCGGUUAUCGAAAUAGUCUAUUACGUCACAGUCCGUCCUUAUUGUGCCAGUCGCACCAUGCAGCUGUCACGUCGUCGGCGGUUACGGAACAUGAAAUGGAUGCGUGCUAUUCGGAGCAAAGUUAGGCCAGAGAGAUAUGAUGGCAGUUCAAGAUUCUGGGCGAAAGAUGGAAAACAGAAGAAGUUUUUUAAUAUCGAAAUUAUCGAAAUAACUUAAAUCAUAUUUUAUUACAACACAAACAAAAUAAAUUUAAUAAUGAUGGCACUUUACUGUAUCCCUACUUGGA